CUGAACAGUGUACUGUGGAGUGUGGAAGUGGAACUGACAAAAUAAAAUAGCUGGGUUUUUUGUGUUUUUCAUUGCAAAGCUAAUAAUAAAUAUAUUUACAACGUAUUCUACAAUGAAUUUUUAAGCGAUGAAGAUUUAUUGGCAUUCAAUACGUAAGCUAAAAGAUUUGUAAGAUCAUAUAAAAUGCAAUUAUUGUGACAGAAAAAUGAACGAUAGCGCAGAAUGCUCAGAAACAUUAGAUCCGCGAGUUCAGAUUGAAUUGGAACGCCUUAAUACAGCAACAGAUGAGAUAAAUAGACUUGAAGUUGAACUAGAUGAGGCUCGACUGGCUUUUCGUCGUUUACUUGCGGAAGGGCAUCUUCGUAUACAACAGCUUACUAAAAAACUAGGAACAAGUGUGCAUAAGGCUAGACCUUACUAUGAGGCCAGAUUUCGAGCUAAUAUUACAUCUCAAGAGCUUCAAGCUGCCAACUUUGCCUAUGACAAAGCAAAUAGUGCCCAUGCUGCAGCAAGGGAGAUGGUAUAUCUUGCAGAGCAGGGCCUGGCAAGACUUGCAGAUGGGAAUGGAGGGCUUACUUUGGAUCCUGCCUGGCAAGAAAUGCUUAAUCAUGCAACACAUAGAGUUAAUCAGGCGGAAGCUGAUCGUGCUUCAUCUGCGGUGACACAACGCACCAAGGCGGCGGCCCAUAGGGCAGCUGCCGCUCUUGUACAACAACUACAGAAUAGCCUUAAGAGGCAUAUAGCCAAAUCAAGGCCAUAUUUUGAGGAGAAAGCUCGUAUAAAUGCCGCUUUAGAAGCACAAAAAGCUCGUAUCCAAACACACGAAGAACAGGUCACUGAAGCAAAACAAAAGUAUUCCUCCGCCCUUCGUAACCUUGAGAGGAUAUCUGACGAGAUUCAUCGACAUCGAUCUAGAAGACAGUCUACGAGGAACGACAUAGAUCAAAUGACAAUAACAGAUACGACGAGUGAAUCCAAUGCUAGUGAGACUUUAGAAGAAUUGUGCUCGACCAGUAACGAUGAAAAUGUUCGGGAGUGGCUUCGGAAGGUAGACCGACCCGAUCCUGACACCUGGACUGAGAUAGAUCUGGAUUAUUCCAGCCCAGAAGAGAUAAGUUUCGAAAAAUGCUCUCUGAGACCGAGGUCGAGCCCUGAUAAAUCUCCGACCAGUCCCUUGGAAUCCAAGGUCUCGGCUGCGUCUCCGAGGCGAAUCAUACGAGUGGGCGAAAGAACCGCCGCCAUCAGGGCCGAGUUGGAGAAGGGGAGGCGACAGAGUUUGGAUACUAUCCUUCACGAUACAGGGGAGAAAGUUAAGGAGAUGUUCCAAGGUCUCUCCCUAUUCGGCGAGCGUCGCGGGUCGGGCUCGGCGCCCCGCACUCCGCGCAGGGCUUCUCCCCGAGCUCGCCGAUCCCCCGCUCCUUCGGGGGCCUCCUCGGCCUCCGACGAACUAUACUCCGACGCCGACAGUCUCGCCAGUAUGGAGAUGUUGACCGACGAUCAAAUAGCGUCGCUAAUGCUCGACGCGCAACUCGAAGCCGUCUGUGAGAAGUUAGCUGGAGUUGCGCGUGCGCCGCGUUCGCCACGUUCGCCCGAAUCGCGACGGUAAACCUUCAUUUAUAUAAACUCGGCCUCACAGAAAAGAGAUUUCUACGAAUAAUUUUGUCUAUUAAGCGCAGUCGACAACCGUCAUUUUUAUCGGUUUUUAAUACGAAUUCGGGUAUUGGCUGGUCAGGUCAAUUAUAGAUUUUUAUUGACCGGCACUAACAGUUAGGGCGUGAUCCUUCGUUCUAAAUUAUAUAAUAUAAUAGUCAAUAAUACCACCCGUCGCAAUAUAUUUAUAUACAGACUUAUAUAAUAUGAAAGUGUUAAUUAUAUGUUGAUUUCUUCCUAAAAAAGAAAGUAUGUAUGGUACAUAUUCAAGACACUAAAAAGGCU